AUGAAGCAAAUGAAAGGGCUCAAGGAUGACACAAAGUCCAUCCUAAAAUUUGAGUUUAACCCCAAAGAUGGGAUCGACAACCCUGCCUUGUCACUGGCUGAGGACACGGAUGGCAAGGGCCUGGGGGAGCCCCGCUUCUACCUGCUGAGCAAGGACAGCAGCGAGACCUUUGGCUUCUGUCUGCACGAGGAGCUGGGCUGUCGGGGACACAUCAUCCGGCAGGUUGAGUUGGGGGGGCUGGCGCAGCGCAAGGGGCUGCAGGACGGGGACCGGCUCCUUCAGGUGAAUGGCCACUUCGUGGACCACAUGGACCACAGCAAGGUGGUGCAGAAAAUCAAGGCCAGUGGGAAUCAGGUCCUCCUGGCAGUGCUGGAUAGCAAUACCUAUGAAACAGCGAAAGCACUUGGCAGGGACGUGUCCCAGAUGCUGCCAGCUGACAUCCGCCCACGGCUUUGCCACAUCACAAGGGACAAAAGUGGUUUUGGCUUCAGCGUCUCAGGGCCAGAAGGCACAAAGGGCACCUUCCAGCUGUCAGUGCGGCGCGACGGGCCGGCCGAGCGUGCGGGGCUGCCCUCGGGCUCCUGGCUCCUGGAGCUGAAUGGCGACAGCGUGAGGAGUUACUCGCGCACGCAGCUCGCCCGAAAGGUGGGUGCUGCCUGCGCACAAGGGAAGGGUGAUGGAGGGUGCGAAUGGGUGACAGCGCUGAGCACUCUGCACUGCUUCCUCACCCAGCUCAAGCGGAGUGGCAGCAAGAUGACGCUGCUGGUGGCAUCGAGUGCGGCGGAACAGUUUUACCGCCUGUGGGGUCUGCGGGUCACAGCCGCCUUGGCGGAUGCCUCUUGGCUCCCUUUCAAGGUCCGGAAGCUGCACAUGGUGAAGGGGCCAGAUGGCUACGGAUUCCUGCUCAAGGAGGAGGACUGUAGCUCAGGGACUACAGGCCAAUUCCUGUGGGAGGUGGAUGCUGGGCUGCCAGCCGAGAGAGCAGGCAUGAAGGAAGGGGACCGUCUUCUGGCAGUGAACGGCGAGAGCAUCGAGGGGCUGAACCACCAGGAGACGGUGAUGAGGAUUCGCGCCCAGGAGGAGCAGGUGACACUGCUCGUCAUCGACCCUGCUGGUGACAAGUUCUACCGUUCGAUUGGGCUGUCCCCACUGCAGUUCUUUGAGGACAGCAACCCUGCCUCGGGCUCCUGCACUCCCUCCUUGCCCUCUCCUGACAGGUCUCCUGAGCUCUGUCAUAUUGAUGUAGGACCAGAGAGUCCCAGCUCCCAGGUCAUGACCUCUCCUGCCUCUAGAGACAUUGCACAGGUGCAUGUCACAGCCGGAUUGCCCGCAUGUCCCUGUUCUGUCCCCGCAGAGCCAGCGCCUGGAGGAGCAGAGGAGGCUGCGCCAGGCAUUUUAGUGUUUGGAGCUGAGUCUGGCUCCAGGAAGUGCUAUGGAGAGAUCUGCGUCUCAGUGGUGCAUCCCAAGGCCCUUUGA